AUGGAGUAUAUUUUAUGGAAUCGUAAGGAAUUUGACAUAAUAUAUAAUUGUACAGGAAUUAAUGUUGAUGAUAUUCCAUUUCAACAAAGAAGUUAUCCAAUAGCUGCAAUUAUCUGUAUAAUACUUGGCUGUAUAUAUUAUCCUUUAUAUUUCCCUUGUCUUUACUCUUUUUGGAAGAAUAGAGCCAAAAAUCCGUGUUAUAUACUUUUAAUUUAUCUUUCAAUUUUGGAUAUUUCCUUUCUUUGGAUUCCAACUUUUGUUUUUGGGAUUUUAAGUUUAAAUGGUGUAGUUUAUUGCUCUUCACCUUUCACAGAAUAUUUUUUUGGAUGUGUUAUUUUAUUUAAGUUUUAUUUUAUUUAA